UACUGCAGUACCCUGAUGACAGGGUCCUAGCCAAGAAGUCUUGGAUUGCGUGUAAUGGUUCUAUGAUCGCCUGUCUGAGACGGCGAUUUUCUAAUAUAUGUUGCAGUUGCUCCCUCCCUAACCUUGAUUGUUGAAACCUCUCAUCCUGUGCCCACUUGUAAUUCUGUACGGCCUCAUUUGUGCGCUCGCUACUUGACGUUGCAAGCCAAAACCUCUUUUCACGAGGAGUCAAUCCUGAGUUAUACUUAUCCAACUCAACAACAGCUAAAUUCGUAGUCGGUAUACUACCAUAAUAACCGCCCAAGAUGCGUCAAACAGGCUUCUUCCAUGACAUUGGCAGCUUCUUGCUCUUCUGCGCCACCAUCCUUCUCAUCAUCACCUGCAUCAGCGCCCCCAUCGUGCACAACCUUCUCGGUGCUCAAGGUGAACCUCCAGAAGAACAACAAUGAGUUCAGCCCGGAUAUUUCUUUCGGCACUUUUGGCUGGUGCGUCAUUCAAUCCGGCGACGACGACUGCUCGCACUCGCACGUCGGCUACGACGCUGCCGGUGUCCUCUCCAACAACUCCAACUGCAUCUUUGACACGUCCGAUUUCGCCGGCGACACGGCCAACGCCCUGACCCGCGUCAUGGUCCUGCACCCCGUCGCCGCGGGUCUCUCAUUCCUCUCGUUCCUGCUCGCCCUCGGCACCGGCGUCGUCGGCAGCUUUUUGGCCGCCCUCGUUUCUCUCUUGACCUUUAUUGUCACCCUCGUCGUCCUCAUUACCGAUUUCGUCGGCUUUGCCAUUCUCAAGAAUGCUGUCAACCGCUCUGAUACCGGUGCCAGCUCCGAGUUUGUGCUUGCAGUAUAUUUUUUUUGCCCUUUUCUACUUAUAUACCUUGAAGAAAAACAAUUUUGUUACUACUUACCAUCUUAUAGUGUGGACUCUUCUCGUUGCCGCCAUUUGCAACCUUCUCGCCACCGUCAUCGUUUUCUUCACCUGCUGCAGCGCCCGCCUGCACAAGAAGAGAUCGACCGGCACCGCCAAGGUUGAGCGCUAUGACAGCUCCGGCCGUCCCGUCCGCAGACGGUGGCUCUAAAUUUUCCAGAACCUCAAGUCGGUCCUUGGACACUAAUCUAGGAUGGUUCCCGCAAAGGAUCGAUCGUCCAGCAUGGGGGAGAAAAAAAACAAGGAAACUGGGUCAAAUUUGAUAACCACAACACUACUACACAAUACCCCUACAACGUACAUGAGAGACGACAAGCGCAUGAUUUGUGGAGGCGAAGAUAAGAAUGUCGAUUUAACAGAAGACGUGAUGAAGAAGCGCGGUGUUUGGUUUUCUAGUUAUUUUAUUGAUAACUCAUACCUCUUGAUACCACCUGUAUACCAGAUUCAAUUCCAAUUAUUCAAC